AUGUAUGUCAUUUUGUUUCAAAGUGGAAAAAUGGAUGGCUAUCGGUAUUACUUAUUCUAUAUGCAGUUCGCCGGCUGGAUGAUGGACCUUCAUUUGUCGACUCUGAUGCAGUUCAUCCCGCUGUUUCCAGUCUUCGGUGGCUACUGUACCGGAGUUUUGACACAGAUUUUUGGGAUCGAUGAUUCCUUUCAAACGACAUACACCGCCUUCACAAUCUGUCUCGUCGCCAGUGCCCUGAAUAGUUGCUUCGUCAGAAAACAUCAAGCAAUAUCUAAAAUAAGCUCGAAAUACCUACUGAAUGACAUCCCCUACAUCAUCGUCAUUUUUCUUCUCAAUUUCUAUCCAGUUGUCGCUGCAACACUGCUCUAUUUGAGUAUGCUAACAAAGGAGAAUCAAGUGAUUCUGGUGAAAGAGGUCUACCCAAAUCUUGUUGAAAACUUUGCUCAUCUUCCAAACUACGUGGUCUUCGACUCCAAUUUCUGGGCUAUUGUGUUCUUCGCUUUCAUCUUUUUCGGGUGUACGUACACUUUGAUCCUAAUCGUGACGACUACAUAUCAAAUGUUUAACAUUUUGGAGGAUAACCGAAAGCAUAUUAGUACUUCGAAUUAUGCGAAGCAUCGUGCUACGUUGAGAAGUCUUCUGGCACAGUUUGCGACAUGUUUUCUGAUUGUUGGGCCUGCUUCGAUAUUCUCGUUCUUGGUAGUUAUUAGAUAUGAGCAUAGUCAAGUAGCCACUCACUGGACUAUCGUAGCCCUUACUCUUCACUCCAGUGCCAAUGCCAUCGUCAUGAUUAUCACUUAUCCACCGUAUCGAAAUUUUGUGAUGCUCUGGAAACAGAACAGGUCAUUCCACUUCUCGACAGUACACAGAUCGUCGGAAAUGCAUACAAGGAUGAAUGCAGAAAGAAGCUUCGCUAUAACUGUUACCUCAUAA